AGCUCAAAUGCUGUGGACGUACUGGAGGGUAGUUGGGUUAAUAUAUCGUCCCCUCGUGAAAUAGUUCCGUGAGAGAGUUUGUCUUGUGCAAAAGGGGGUUGAUGUGAAAAUUUUGGAAGAAGGGCUAUAGUGAUGUUUACCAUGAUGUGAAUAUUGCAAAAAGACAAGAAGUUUUGUGAAAAGUAUAUAGUGCCAAAGCCUUUUUUUUUGGAUUAACCAUUUUGGAUUAGUACGAGUCUCAUUUACUACAUGUUCCUGUAUAUUUUCAACAUUAUAUAUAUUUUUUCUUCCUAAAGUUUCAAUACAGAGGCAAAUUUUGCGGAAAUUCUGCAUGAAGAUGGCUUCAUCUAUCACAAUAUCAUCGUAAAUUUUCACGGUGAGGAAGUGAUUGAAUGGCAUGAGAAAGAAGAAUCCAAUGAAGGAAAAAUAAUUUCCGGUGGAAAAUGUCUGCCAGUGAAGUUGAGUGCAUCAGAGCGUCAAUUGGUGAGGGUGUAGACGUCUCAAGUGAUCUUAAGGUAGUGGAUGUGGAGGUGGUGCAAGAGGAAGCAGAUGCGACAAAUUCAUCCAACAUUUAUAGCAAUACAAACGAAAAAGAGCACAAAACGAGGGAAGAAAUCAUCAAAACGAUCGAUACAAACGACCAAGUGAUUAAAAAAAGCAUCAACUGUGAUAGUGUUUCAUAUACAUUAGACACCACUAGUGAAAGGGUUGAAGUGACAGGGAAUGAUGUUGUGGAUGAUUGUGGUGUUGGAGAAUGUGGUGCUAGUGAAAUAGAAUCCAAAGAAAAUAAAAGUGCUAAAGAAGAGACACCAACUCUAAAGCCAAUUCUAACGAAUGGCAGUUCAAUACCACGUUUUGGAUCUCAAGGUGCCACACAGAGAAAGAAGUCUGUUUCAUUUGAUGAUGUUGAUGAUAGUGUGAAGAAAUUUAUCAAUGGUGAACCAAUUAUUGAUAAACAGAAUCCUUUCAAGCAGCAGAGUAAUCGAAGUGGUGGAACGAGGUAUAGAGUACAAAUAGCCAAUGGUCAUCAAAAGUCUGGACAAGAUGAUGAGUUUAUUACGAAGGAGGAGGUACUGAAGGAGUCAAAGUAUGUAAAGACAUAUAUAAAGAAUCCAGAUAAAUAUUUUACAUAUGAUCCAAGUAUUAUUGAGAGGCUGAAGGAGGAUAGUACUGAAGAACAUUCCACACGCAUUCCAACACCCAAAAAACCCAUUCCAAUACCCCGUAAACUCUCAAAGACCACCAAGGAACGUCUGAAGGAGUUAACAAUCAAAUACAGUCCACCCAAAUUUUAUACCCAAGAGAGGGCAAUUGUGAGAAAGGUGAAUGGGAUUCAGGGGAAUCGAGUGGAUAGGUCAAAGUAUCCGGAUUUGGCGGAUAUUAAAGUGAAAACGGGAACAGAUUGGGAGCAGAGUCUCUACAAUCCCGAUGAAGUGGCAAUAAAUGUGAAGAAGUUUGACAAUCGCUUCAAGGCGGGACAAUUUGGUUCUCAAGAUGAUCUCGAUGAGAUUGCUGAGCAAACUGAUGUUGAUAGUGAAUUAAAUAGUGGUGAUGUGAGUGAAAAUGUUAAUAAUGAUGGUGAUGAUGGGAAAAAAUCAUUCACAAAUACUGUGAAUAGUGAUGAAUUCAGGGAAUUUCUCAAGAAAAAGGGUCUAACAUUGACACCACAGACUGUCCAACAGCAGAAUAUUAUUGAGUUAAGUGAUACAAAUGGUUUUGUAGUACCAUCGGACGAUUGUGAUAGGAUGGAGGGUAAAAAGAAACGUUCAAUGCUUCAGAGACUUUUCAAUGGGGGUCUAUUUUCGUCCAAAGGACGUACCACCCCAAAAGAGGUGAGUGCAACAAGUGCCGACGAUGGGGGCACAUUGAAGCGUGUUGUAUUGGAGAGGUCGACUUUGCAUCAGACACCAUCACAUAGCAAUCGUACCUCAAUGCCGGCAAAUAGUGAAUUUCAGAGGGUUUUUGGUGGACAACCAAAUAAGGAUGUUGUACAGGUGACUGAGGAUUAUGUUGACAUGAAUCCUGUGCCGACAUCGUCAAAGCAACAGUUGAGAAAGAGUAUCAAUGCAAAAGAUAUUCAGGAAAAUUACAUCGAUAUGACACCCAAAUCAACUGUAAAGAGAAAUGUUGUGCCUCAGGGUCGAAAACCGGCAUCAGUUCACCAUGUGGAUAGUUCAACGGGUGCAAAUACCGUUCUCGAUGCUCACAAUAUCUAUCGCAAUAUUGACAUGAGUAAAUCAAAGGGACAGCAAACACGUCUCCGAACACCAAUAGGAAGUGCAAGAAAUUCACUUCAGAGGGUGAUUUCGGAGGAAAAACCACCGGUUUUGCGAAGAACUCCUGUGAGACAAUCACUAAUUCAGCCACGUACAAAGAUCCCUGAUGAAUUGAUAUAUGGUAAUCUCAAUCGAUCCAAUUCACUUCCUCGACAUCCAGAACCACCUCCGCAAUUGCCACAGAGAAAUACACGUCAGGGUAUUGUUGUCAGUGAAUCGCCAGUGAAGGUGACACCAAGUGGCACGAGGGGACCAAAGAGUACAUCUACCCCAGUUGAAAGUGACCAGCAAAAUAGCCAAAUGUCACAAGAUUUAUCACCAAUUGCUGCAUCGACAUCCAUUCAAGUUGAUCCACGCACGUGGAUGAAGAUUAAGGAACUGAAAGAGAUGACUGACAGAAAUUUGCUCUACAGUACGCCACAGUCCAAUAAACCCGUUGCUGAAAAUAUCUAUGAGUCCACAGAGAAGCUACGACCCAUUCAAUAUGGACGAAUAGUACCGGGAAGGAGAUCUUCUGUUGAUCAACCGGUUAUCCUUGUCCGCAAUUCACCUCAGAGGAGCACAAUAGAUUCUGUGUAUAGAAAUCGGAAUUUAAAGAUUGUCGAUGGACAGUGUAUGGAUGAGAAUCGCCGUGUAAUCAAUCCAGAAGACUUAAAUACCAAUCCAAAUUCACCAAUCACCCGGGAGAGAUCUCAAUCUGUCUUGGAUGGUAUGAUAUCGCCAAACUAUGGGACACUGGAGGCACAGAAGCAUCCCCAAGAGGGUAGCGUGGUGCUGAGAAAACGCCAACCGGCCUACUUGAGUCGUGAGGAGAUUCUCAAUAAAGUAAAAGAAUUCUGCAGAAAAUCCAUGAAUAAUACACCGACAAAGGAGGUGCAGGCACCAAAGGUAUCACCGGAAAUCUCUCCAGUGUCAUAUGCAUCGGUGGAUUCACGAAGGAGUUCUGGUCGUGUGGCACCUCAGGUGCCGAGGCGUGUGGAGAGUCUGCAGAAGUUGCCAGAAUCACCCAUUUAUGCACCUGUCUAUCGCCAAGCGAUGCCUCAGGUGCAACGUACACCAAAUCCCGUUGCAAUGCAACUCACAGAGAAGCAGCAUGAGAUUGUGGACACAAGACCACACUAUCAGACACCACCGAGACUUCUUCAGGUGGGAAAUCAAAUUUACGCACCCAUAAGACGACCAAUUCCAGCAUCAAUGUACAAUGCAGCAGCCACAGGAGAAAUUUCACCCUAUGGAUAUCUCCAUCUGAGAAAUACUCUGUCGGGUAUUCCGCCAAAAACCCCAAGACCAUCAUCGGUACAGGGUAAUCCAUAUCAGAGACGUCCACCAAUUGACGGUCGAACUACACCCCUCGUGUUGCACAGCGUAAUCCCACGUGCUGAUCAGGUGGUGUACAGUCGACCGGUGAAGCAGCAUCCACGACCAGUGGAGGUCAGACAACAGAGUGUGCCAUACGAAAGUGAGAGUGGCUCAGAAGCUGGAGAGAUUCAGCGGAUUCUUCAGAGAAAAGUCGAAGAAGACUGGCAAAAUGAAAAGGGCGGAAGUUCUGGAAGCAGAGCACAGCAGCAGGAGCAAGCAGCUGCUGACGACCGGAGGCGCGGAGGACGCCGCGAGGAUCCGAGAAGACACACCCUUGGUGGCAGCGAUAUGAUGCACUAUGGCCCUGGUCAGGGACCACCGCCACAGAGGACGAUGGAUCUGGAGAUGGGGACACGUUCGCAAAAAGUGAAAAAGACACCUCCGGUUCGUGGAUAUACACCCAUGAAUCAGGGUCCCCUCUUCGAUGAUGAUCCAGGAAUAAUGUCCGAAGUUGAAACUGCCAGCACUGGAUUUCGACGUGGUGGGAAACAGAGAUCAUCGCUGCCUGUUGUGAGAACACCAUCAAAGACGUUAGAACGUCCUUUAGGUUUGGUAUUCCUACAAUACCGUUCGGAGACAAAGAGAGCGCUCCUGCCCAAUGAAAUCACGUCCAUUGAUACAGUGAGAGCUCUCUUUGUGCGAUCUUUCCCACGUCAACUCACAAUGGCGUAUUUGGAAGGACCUACUGUAAAAAUUUACAUUCACGACGCUAGUAAAGAUAUGUUUUACGAGCUAGAAGACGUCAGGUCACAUUUGAGAGAGAUAAGAGAUCGAUCUGUGCUUCGUUUGUUUGAAUCAAAUGAAGUUCAGACGCACCAUUUGGUACCGGGUGGUCCCCUUCUUCCUGCGCAACUUCCACCCCUUGGAGCAAUUCCCUGGGAUCAGGAUCAGAGUUACUUCAGUGAACCCGAAUUUGAUUCUGAGUAUCAACAUCAGCAUAUACACAAGAGCAAGGGUGGGAAGGCACCCUAUUAUGUGGGAGCUGCACAAACUCUGCCUCGAGGCAUGUAUUCGGACCGCAACAAAAAUGCCGUGGGAGUACCAGCGAAACCAUUACGUUCUUAUGGUUCACGGGGCAGCAUGGGCCCUGCCUUUCCCUAUCCUCCGGAUCAACUGUACAGUAUCCCAGAUGGUUAUAUGAGUUCUCCGGAAAGAGCCACACGAACAGGUUACGAAGAGCCUUACUACAGUCAAUAUGGUACACGUGGAGGCACUGUGACGCCAAUCAUUGAUGAAGAACAUACUGAUGCCAGCCUAAAUGAAGAUCAAUAUGCUCUGUAUGGUGUGAAAAUAUCUGGAAGAAUUCCCAGGAAUCCUAAUCAAAUUUAUGAUCCAACAAGACCGGAAGACUUACAUAGGAUUCGAGUUGAGCACAUGGAACGUCAAUUGGCUAAUCUUACUGGAUUGGUGCAGAAAGCGCUCAAUCAAAAUCCACAAAUUGCACCAAUGUCAAAUAUCAAUCAACCUGGAUACUUGGGCGUUCCUGGACAAUGCAGAGGCGUUCCGGAUGAGAUUGAUGGGCACUCAAGCAGUAGUUCUACUUCUAUUCAAGCUAACGGCACGAUGGACGAUAUUUACGUUAGAGAAAAACCGCCAAAGCUGGGCAGAACUUCAUGUCAUAAAUCAGUAUCAUUUGAGAAGUCAGUGUCAUUCAGUGAUGACAUCCAGGGAGUGCCAAAAUCUCACAGUCCACAGCAUCCCGCCGCUGAUUCCAAACCGCCAAAACCGGCCAUAAAAUCUUCAACACUACCGAGAACAUCAUCUCAAGAGCGGGAUCGCUUGAAGCCACAGCCACCGCCUAAGCCACUUACCGUUGCGAAUGCUCAUCCCAAUUAUCGAACUGAUCUAGCAUUGGCUCCUGAAGUCUAUAACCAUCUGCGUGGGCUGCAGAAGAAGGCUAAGGAUUUACGAACUGAAGUUCGGACACUGCGACGUCUAUCACAGGCCCAAGCAUUGGCUGUCAGGGAGGAUAUCAAGGAUACUUUUAUGAGGAUUCGGGCAACAUUGCUGGCCAGCAGUAAUACAUACUGGGGCCAAGGAGAUCAAGACAACACUCGUUUAUCCCGUGAUGAAGAGCUGUAUAAGCAAGAAGUUGUGCGUCUGGAGAAAGAUUUAAGUGAUUUAGAAGCUUCAGUUGAAGGACUUCGCGGAGAGGUGAUUAACAGGAGGACGCGUGUGAAUAUGGCGGCUGUUGAGGAUAUGGCAUUGGUGCUAAGUCGGGCUAGCAAAACGGUGGCUGAAUUGAAGAUGCGAUUUCCGAGUCUUCAGAAUGGUUUACGUAACAUCUUGGCAAGUGAAAUGGAGAAGGUGGUGCGUGAGGAGAAGUUCCUCAAAGAGGAGCCAGAUCGUCUGGAAUCGGCAUUGAGGAGAUGCAAGAAACUUACUGGAACACUUGUAACACUCAAAAGGUUGGCUAGUGUGCAGGAGCAGAGGACAUGUGUGGAGCCACAGCAGGAUACGCCUGAGACAACAAGAACAGCUGAAGUGCAGACUACGAAUAAGCCAAUCCCAAGCCCCAGGUUGGGGACGGUCUCUAUCAGCGGGGGAGUCGCACCCGAAAACGCACUCGAUGCCCUGUUAGAUGAAUUGCAGACAUUCGCUAAGCCUCCAGGCGCCAAUUCUGAGAUGCGUCCAGAUGACUCCACCUCAGACGACAGCUCCCAAACCCUCCAGAAUACCGUAACUACCCAAUUAUCUCAAUCUAGUCUCUAUCCCUCUGAUCCUGCUGCCUCAAAUGUAGGUCUGAGGCGUCUCCACUCCUACCCAAGUGGCUCAGAUACGGACACAAGUCCGCCACAGCCGAGACCCGUGGGAAAGCCCCCCGUGCCCGAGCGCAAUGCUGAUCUCCUCUCGAAGGUGAGCGCCAAGCGAAUACCGCCACCGCCACCACCGAGAACGAGCUCACGGAGUCCCCUGGCCAGUCCCACGAGUCCCAAUCUACCCAUACGUUCGGCGUCAAUGGACACCAAUGAUGCUGCUGCACAGCAGGAUGGUAGUGGUGUCAAUUCCAACAGUAGCAACGAUUCAGUCAAUUCGCAGGAUCAGAUGCAACGUCAAAUGGUUCUUGAGUUGCGUCACCAGGAGCUGCUCAAGAAGCAGAAAUUGCUGCAAGAGCAGUAUGCUAGGUUGCAGCAGAUGAGUAAGAAUAGCAUAGCACUGCCACCAAAUGCCAGUGCAGCUGCUGAGGCGCAGCUCAAGAAGACGGGCAGUGAGUCAAAUUUGCCACAGAAGAUGGGUCUCAAUAUGGCUAUUACGGGUUCCAUGAAGAAUCUCCACAGUGAGACCUUUGUGGAGGCUCAGGGUGGCAUAAAAGUGACCAACAAUGGAGCCCCUAAUGCUGGAACAACCACCAAUAAAGUCUACGAGACGGAAAUCCUAUAACAGAACGGGAAAAGGUGGAGGGAAACUGAUAUCGAUGCUACAUUGUAAUAACAACCAAGACUCCUUGGGAAUGUGCCUUUGAACAUUUUCUUAUGGUUUUUGUUGGUUUUGUGAUUAUUUUUUUGGGUCUUUUUGUAGAUAUUCUACCAUCAUCUCUGGGUUCUAUCCUCAUUCAUUCUUCUUAUUCCUCUCUUCUUUUCAUGAUUGUCAUAAUCUCAUUCGCUUUCAGUGCUUCUUGAAUCUCUAUCUCAGGAAUUUGUUUACGAUUCUCUUUAAUUUAAAGAAUUAUACAUUAUCAAAACAUGCAAAUUUUUUCUAUAAAGUAAUUCUUGAAACGAAGAUUGUUGACAAAAGAGCAACACUAAAGAGCUCGCAGGUGUGAGUGAAAGUUUCAAAAAUUGACCCUCUGGUUUGGGCUAAUCUUUUAUUGCCCAUUUUUCGAGCUUAGUAUUCUCGAGGAUCAGUUUGUAUAUAUUUUCGGCUCAAAAAACUGAUAAAAAUUUUUUGAAUGAUUUUAGACAGAGACAAUUGUAAUGGAACAGUAAUAUUGUGAGCUUUGUUGCUUUGUAUUUCCUCACAACAGAGUGAACACUGACACUUUCUAACGCUCGAGACACUUCAAAAUUCGAACAGGACCCGUCAAAUAAUAUCUGCAGAUAUCUUUAAGAUUUCUGUAGAGAAAAUCUACACCUCUACAGAAUAUCUGCAGAUAAAUUCUGUAGAUAUUCUUACGAAUUUUAUUUGGGCUUGGGACAAAAUUCGUCAGAAUAUUUCGGCAGAUUUUCUGACGAAUCUCUGACGAAUUUCUGUAGAUAUUCUGUAGAUUUUUUCUACAUUCCAGACUUUCCAGACAAGAUGUGUCAGAAAAGAGAUGGAAAAAUUUUUCACUGAAGUUUGCAAAAUUCUAUAGAGUUAUUCUUAGUGAUAUCACGGUGUUUAUAUAAAAUAAAGAAUUCUGCGACGCCGUGUUACAAGUAGAGAAAAGUGAAGUGAAAACUUUAAACAGAUGUCGACCAAAAUUUCGUGUUUUUGUAUCAUUCGAUUGGCGAUUUUUAAGAAAUUAGUAUUUUUGCUCGCAGUUUUUUUACUUAUCUAAAAUGUGUACUCGGUAAUGCUUGUUAAGCAGAGCAUACAAUUUUCUUUAUAACUUCUACAGUUUCUUCAUAAAUCAACAAUAUUUUUGUGAAGUAAUGGAGGUUAUGCAGAUUUUCUAGGGAGAAAUUCUGCCGAGAAUCUGCAGAUUUUCUCUGAAUGUACUAGAAUAUACCGUUAAAAUUCAAAAAAACCUCCGAGUAAAAUCGGCAGGUAGAGCAAUGAUUUGACGGGGAAGUACUUCCUGUUCGAAUUUUCACGUGAACGAAACGAGAAGUAAAUAUGCCGUUUGCGGUCUUCGAAUAUACUUUUUCUUAGGACAAACUUUAGCCGUGAAUUAUGUGUAUAAAUCACUUUCUUUUGGAAUAGGUCUUCCAUCUGCACUUAGAUUUCGAUUUGACUUACCGGUUCGCAAUGUCACAUGGAAUUCGAGUGAGUUUUUCACGUGAGAAAUUCAUGAAUGACUCUGUUUAGUAAAAACUUAUUGAAGAAAUAAAGUUGGUGCAAACGCAUGUAGAGUUUGAUUCUCCCAUAGUGUCUCGGAUAAAAGGUAAAUGGAACUCUAUUUGCACAAAAUGCCGUUGAAGUUGGAAGAAUUCAUACCAUUCAUACUCAUUUUCGAAUUUCAAUACUAAAUUUUCGCACAAGGUGGGGAAAACUUAUGAAAUAUCACCCUGAAAACCUCGCGAAAAAGUUAUUCAGUGAUUAUCAAGUGAUUAAAUAAUGGAAGUAAGAUUUGUCGGCUUAAAACUUUAUCGGUUCCGCUGAGUCCAGUCCAGGCCACUUAUUUGGGCCCAUUAUGCACCCCCAUUACUCCAUUCUAUCUUAACCCCCAAAGCGGUCCUCCAGCUCCAUAUCUCCCCAAGAAGCAAAUUUUUUCUUAAUAUAGUCUUGUAGGAUUCCUUAAGUAAGGCACUAUAGAACCAAAAAUCUUUUCAUUUGCUUAUAACGCUCUUGGUUCCAUCACUGAGAUUACUAUAAGUACAGUGGCGCACUCUUAAGGAUCUUAAGAGCUUCUAUAGGAAUUUCAAAAGAAAAUUUUCACUUUAAGUCUUUUAAAAGUGCACUAAAAGACUUGUUUAAUACUUGCCGGCUUCUGUAUGCCUGAUUUACACACAGUGCCGUUUCUAUAUUGCGGCAGACCAGUCUUGGUUGGAUCAGUUGCAGUGAAUGUGUAUUUGUAUCGACAGAUCUCUUUAUGCCGAACUCGUUUCUGUACCAGCCUCUUCUCUUUCGUUUUAGGCGGUUCAUUGUCAAUGGCCUUAUGGCCUUAUGCAUUACUUUUUCAUCCAUUUACUGGACUAAUUCGAUACGGCUCCUGAAAAAUCAGCAGCUGCCGAGAUUCGAACCCGAGACCUCACAGUCAUAGAGCCACUACUCUACCAACUGAUCCACUGAGUCUCUUAAAUAAUGGAAGUAAAAGUCGUUGCUUUCUGUUUUUCUUCCGAACAAAAAGUGAAGACCAACACAUUUUGACACUUAACCACUUCGAAAUUCGAACAGAGGAUGUACAUCGUAGCAGCCUUGCGAAAUUAUCAAUAAGUAAGAAUGUUUCUUUCCAGGCUUUUCAAAUAUAUCUUAUAAUUUUUCAAACUCUAGUUGUAAAAUUAUUUAAUUUAAAAUUAUUAAGUUUAAAAUGAUUUAUAAUGGAUAUUGGGGAUAUUGCAAUUUCUUAUAAAUAUCCAUUUUCAACGUGUAAAUAUUAUUGUGAAUUAUAGUCACUCUAAAGCUAAGCCAAAAUUUGAAAAUCAACUGAAAGUCUUCUAAAGUGCAGGUUCAAAUAUUCGCCACUUUAGCGUUUUGGCUGCUGUUUCAUUUCGAAUUUCUGGUACUCUUGACACUUCAGUCGUCAACAGUGUCAAGAAUAUUGCGUGCGGCGUAAACCUUUGCUGCAAGAAGUGAAUUCUUAUGUGGCUUUGUGGCAUUUCAAGACGAUACAAGGAUGGAAUUCAAUUUCAUUAACAUAAAUGUCCUUUUCAUGAACUUAAUUACCCGUCUGACACAGGGUAAGGGGGACCCAGCGUUGAGCCAUUAAUUAACACCCAGCUUUAGGCACUAUUUUAGCCCUCAUCGGAAAGAUCCGAGUGGUAGGCACAAAUUAAGGACUGAAUCUUGCCACGUACAUCAAUGGCGGUGGGAUGAAACUGUCAAUUGCACAUCCUGAUUUCACCUUCGAAUUUUAUACAAAUGAUAGAAGCUACAAAAAUAGGGAUAUGUUUUAUUUAAUCAGGAUGACCGAUUUAACACUUUAGAAAAGCAAAAACGAUUCUGAAAAAAAUUAUCUCCUAAAAAAUACACCCGAAAGGAAAUAAAAACAUGUAUUUCAAGGUUGGAAAUUUGUUUAUAGUUACCACGACACUUUUCUCUACACGAAACGCACUCACGCACAUUUAAUAUUAUUUAAAAAAAAAAACACUAAAAACACUGAGAAUCUUUGUAAGAAUUGAAAAAAUAAAUAAAAUGUUUUGGAAAAUAUUCCAUCUUGUCACUGACGGCUAAGCAACACGGCCGGCAACAUAAUUUUCGUAGUUCCGCUCUUCACCACCAUGAACGCAAAACAGUGUCCUUCACAUAUAUUUAGUAAGGGGUAUUUUGUAUGGGACCUUCUUAAAAGUAAGGUAUGAAAGAUAGGGGUUAAUUUAGGCUAUAAUCUACGCUUACCUGGUCAGACGGGUAAUUUUAUGCACUUCAUGCCACUUGUCAGUUUAAAUUUUCGAACUUCCAACGGGUUUUUAAGUAUAAUUUCUCUCUGAUACACCUGCGAAUCGGUAUAGGAAAAACUUAAACGGAGGGAGCUCUCACAUCGGGAAUAUUUUCACUGAAUAUAAGGAAUAUAUAGGAAUUGCUUUUUAUGAAAAUUUUGUGAAGGUUUCAUAGAAACUCACAGAAUUUAGCAAUACAUAUCCUGUGCUAUUUCCUGCAGGUAGAAUUAUCCUGAUAAGGGAGACCGGGGCAGAAUUAGUCACGUAUAGUAUGGCAUCUUAUAGUUUGCCUUCUAAGGAAUAUUCAGGAAUAUUUAUUUUAAAUAAUUCCCUUAUUAUUGAAAUAUUUAUCAGCCUUAUACAAACAUUUUUUGUACAAAUUCUAAACAAAGAAAAAUUUCAUUCGGUGGCUAAUUCUACCCCAGUUUCCCCUACUAAUAUUAUAUAUAUUUCUAUAUUUUUUUUCUUUUUUUCACUUCAGCAGGAAUCUAUUAUUUAUUUUAUACUUUUGAAUUAUUCUCAAAAGGCACAUUCCUGAGUAUCCAUAAAAAAAUGAUCUUCUCAUCAAUCCCAGUAUAAUCUCCCGUUUUCAUUCACUCAGACUUAUCAAACAAAGAAUUUAAUAUAUAGAAAAUAUUAGCAAAAUAUUUCACAAUCACAUAAUAAGUCUCUUCCUCACGGAUAUUCAAAUGAAAAAAAUAAUUCAUCACAAAUCCAUUUAAUAGACACAUAUUAGAUAAUAAAUAAUUGAAUGUAAUUAAACACAAUUCUAGGGAAUUUCAUCAAAUUAAAAUGAAAAAAAAAAUUUAAAUUAAUGCCACAUAAUAAUCCAUUUAUCCACAAACACAAACAUUAAAAAAAAAUAUUAGCAGUUUAAUAAAACGGUGCGAUGAUGUGGUGAAGAGAAGUAAUAACAAUGGAUAGCUAACUGGAUAUGUAUGGUAAAAGAAAAAAAAGAAACAUAUAUAGUUAGAUGAAGAGAGUUACGAGAUUAUACAAAAUUACAGUAGUUGAUUGAUGAUAGUUGAAUUAGCUCCACCACCAGUUUGUGCCAAUCUUUUUUAAUAUUUUUGCAAUAUAUUUAUUAAUUAUACAAAAAAAAUGGAAAAAUUAAUGAAGAAAUAUAAUAGGUAUCUCCAGAUUUUACACAUUUCCUAAAUAAACAAAAAAAUAAACAUGAAAAAAUGUGGAAUAACAUAUUUACGAUCUGAUAAAUCAAAUUGUAUUCCCCAAAUUUCAGCAAACCUUAAUAUUUUUCUAAAUCAUUACUUAUGAUCCUCGACAAUUUUAUCUCAAAUUUCAGUGAGAUUUUUACCAUGAAAUAAAAAAAGAAACAACAGAAUCUCAUUACUGUAUAUACUCAUUUUAAUUAAAAAAUAAAAAAUAAUAUAACAUCAAACACAGUCAUAAUAGUAAUCUUUAAAAAAAAAUAGAUACAUCGAAGAUAGUAACAUGAACUAGAUGAAAAACUGAAUGGAAUAAUCAAUAGGACGUCGUUUUAAUUUAUAUCCAAAAAGAAAAUUUAAUUUAUUUAAGUCAAUAAAUGUAAAAUGUCCCAAAUGGCAUGUCUCAAUGGGUACUCAAAUGAUAUUAAUUCAUAUUAAAGGAAUGUAAAAAGUGAAUACUCUAUUCCCAGUAUCUAUGAAGGAAAGCCAAAAAAGUAUUACUAAAAGUAUAUUAUGAAGAACUAUACAGCUAUUUAAAUUUAAUAAAAAAAAACGAUAAAGUAAAAAAAAGAUUUAAUUUGAAAUCUUCUUGUUCGGGAAAUUUGUUUAAAAUUAUUUAAUGGAUAUUUGCAAUUUCUUUUUAUAAAUAUCCAUUUUCAACGUGUAAAUAUUAUUUAUCUUAAAUAUUAUCAAAUUUAACACGAUACAUAAAUGGUCUAAACUUAAAGAGAGAAAAAAUCUUAGUCAUUGAAGGUUUGUGCUAAGUUAAAAAGAAAACUAAUUAAAGAGGGAGAAAAAAGAAGAAGAAAAAAUUAAGCGAUUUAUUGAAAUGGUGGAAUGUUGGAAAAUAUAGUGUUAUAUAUGUUAAAUUAUUCAUUAAUGAAGAGGAAUGUGUAUAAAUUAUUUUUUAUCUUAAUAGGAAUGAUAUGCGGAAAAAAUGUAAUUAAUUGAUAUUUCGGGAAGGAAAACUAAUUGGGAAUCUUUGCACAAAAAAAAAUAAAGAUUGAUAUUUGUAUUUAAAUUGAAGUCAAGAUAAAAAGAAAUUGAGAAGUUUUUUCGUAUAAAAUCUGUAUUAAUAUUUGCAAUUUACUUGAAUUUUGAGGAAUGAACAUUAAAUGCACGAAUAUGUGAAGAAUGAUUUUUUUCCACUUAAAAUGAGGAAAAAAAUAAUGAUAUAUAAAUAAACAUUUACAAUUUAAAGAAAAUCCAAACACA